AAAAAUAACACGAAGUACACUGAGAAUACUAUCAAUGAACAAAUACAUAAAAGUUAUAAGGAAGUCAUAGAUGCAAUAAAGGAAUAUAUGGAUAUUAAUAUUAGUCAUAUGUCUAAAUUUUAUAAAUUACUUAAAUUAUUAUGUGAUAUGGAUACUUCUUAUAAUAAUGAAAAUAGUAUCCAAGCUUUAGAACAUGCUAAGGCAUUUGCUGAUGAGUAUCAAAAACUUCUUAAUGAUGAUAAUAAUAUUGACAACAGUUCAUACAAUAAAGUAUUACUUUUUUAUCCAAUUAUUAUAAUAACUUUGAAAAAGGCAGAUCUUAUAAUGGCACAUCAAUAAAUCUUUCUCCAUUACCAUCAGAAAAAAACACCUAAAACAGUUGAUAUAGAAGGUACUAAUGAAACUAAAACUGAUGAAUCAUCUAGUGAAGCAGGUCAAUCAAUUCAUGUAACGACAAACCAGAGUUCUAACAUCACAUUAUCAGGGUCAGCACUAGUAAAUAAAUUAAUUAUAGUUUUAUCGAUAUUAGUUGCAAUACCAAUUUGUUUGGGAAUUUCUUAUAAGUAUUCGUUAUUUGGAUUUCGAAAAAAAAUGUAA